AUGGUCAAUCAUGGCAAGCAGGGCUUCUCCACUUGCGCGCAGUGUGGCAACUGGGCGUGGAAUUGGAGGCUCAAGAAGCAGAAAGGGGUGUGCGCAGUCUGCAACACCCCUCAGCCAGGGUGGUGUACUACGACGAGCGGCACGUUGUGGGCGCCGUGGUCCUCGGGCGGUGGGUGGCAUGACCAUGGGCAGUCUCUGCCGUCUCUCGCCAACCUCGGGGACUACCUGUCGAAGGCUCUCGCUGGUGCAGGUCUCGACGGGGACCCAGACGCGGCGCGCCUUGCGACGGAGUUCAGCACCCUGGCGUCCCAGAAGCUCGCGGCGGCCCCUGCGCCGCCGCCCAAGCCCCAGCAUGCGCUGCUCAAGGAGGCCACGGCGGAUUGCUCUCGCAGGCAGGAGGCUUUGGAGAAGGCCGCGAAGAAGCUGGAGCAGUCCCGCCUCCAGCUUGAGAAGGACCAGGCCAAGUUCGACGAGGCGGUGCAGGAGGUGCAGGAGGCGGCGAACCCGCCCGAGGCGGCCACCAAGCAGUCGGGCUUCGUCCUGGACCCUGGGCUGUUCGAGUGCCUCGACGAGCUGGAGGAGUCCGACAGGCAGGUCACCCAGCUGGUCGACGCCAAGCAGAAGGAGUUCCAGGACUUGCUGGAGCGCACGAGGUCGGCGCACACGGCGGCGGCGGCCAAGCGGCGCAAGCGCGGCGCCGAUGGCGAGGCCGUUGCUGGCGGCGGCGCCGAAGGCUCGCCCGCGGCUGGCUCUGGCGCCGCUGCGGCGCUUGGCGCCGCUGCGGCCGCUGCUGGGCCCAGCAAGGCGAAGGUCGUGGUGCAGGAGAGCGACCAGAAGGCCAUGCUGGAGCGCAUCAAGAGCAGCGCCCAGGCGCAGGCGCGUGCGGCCGCUGAUGGCAAGGCCGCUGGCGCUGGCAAAGGCGGCAAUGCGGGCGCUGGCAAGGGCGUUGCGGCUGCUGGUGCUGGUGCAGGAGAGAAGGACAUGCCAGACAUCUGCCAGGCGAUUGAUAAAGACGGCUGGCGUAUGGCUUACACGGCCGCCCGCCCUUCGGGCAAGUCAGAGGAGCAGAGGCAGAGGCGCAUGCAGGCGCUUCCCAUCGAGUUCCAGGAGGGCUUCGACGAGCUGGAGCCGCCAGCGCCUCCGCCAGCGCCCACUGUGUCUUUCGCCAUUCCUGAGGAGACUUGGUUUGAAGCUCAGACACAGGUGUAUUGGGAGGGCCUCCCCCAGCUGUUUGAGGAUCAGCCAGAGGGUGCCCGUGGCAAAGUUGCAGCUUUUGACCGCAGUCAGCACUUUGUCUUUGAAUGGCAACCUGAGGAGCGUGCUCGGCUGGAUGAGUCCUACGGCGCUUGGAUUUCUACAUUGGAGCGUGCCACUUUGAUUCACGAGCAGGUCGAUGCCAGUACUUGGAUGCAGUUCUCAGCUCACUUCCUUGGUGGACACCACGCGCAGUGGGCGGACUUGUCGACUUCACGGGCUUUGUUAGCUUCGCGCUCGUCCUUUGUCAAGUGGGUGAAGGAGUCCUGGUCAUCUAAGCCUGGUGCUGUACAUCGGCAUGUGAAGCAGGCUCCGCCCUUGGAGUGGGGGGGCCGCGACGCGGCAGGUGCUAUCACCACGGACAAGCAGACGAUGCUCCAGACGUCUGCCUCUGAAUGGAAUGCGAUGUGGCGAGAUCCUGUCGAUCAGCCUGCAGAUAUUUUGUAUAUGAUGGGCCAGUGUCUGUCAGCUGCUCGAGAUGACCCACUUCCUGCUAUCACCAUCAUGGACGUGGACGCUGUGCUGCCCACGCUGCCAGCGAAGAAGGCGAAGGGCGUGGACGUGCUGAACCCCAUUGAUAUUCAGCGACAGCCAUUGGUGGCAAGGCAGUGUCUUGUGGAUAUUUUGAAUAAUAUCGAGCAGGCUGGCGCCUGGCCGUCGCCCCUCAGCUCGGUCCUGGGUGCUGCGAUUCCCAAGGGAGCUGGAGGCAACAGAGUGUUGGGGCUAGUCCCGACGCCGCACAAAGUAUGGUCAAAGGUGGUGAAGUGGAAGGACGUGCGCGGCCCCAUCGCCGCGGUGCAGGCCACGCUCUUGCAGAUUGGCUGGGAUCCGCAAAGUCCUGAUGUCUGGUCACGUCCUUUGCCAGAUGGUACGAUCGAUGAUUGGCUGUUCCCUGCUUUUGGUGAUGAGCAGUUCGCUACAGCUGUUCCUUCGCAUUUUGAGGAUAUGCUCGGCGCAUUCAUGGAUGAUUGUGCUCAGCUGCAGUGGAAGGAAGCGGCCCACCAUGAGGCGGGCGAGGAUCUGGCAGCAGGAGCGGACAUGACGACGGUGCAGAUUGAGCUGAACCGCUUGGCUGCCAAGUCCAAGUUCGACGAGUGGGCCGCCGACAUUGCCGUCAUCUCGGGGGGCCAGUGGACUCGUGAGCGGCAGAUUGCCGCAGGUGCACCUCGAAAUCUCGUUCAGGGCAUCACACGAGAGGGCGAGGAGUACUACGACCGCACGCUCAAAGACUACAAGGGCCUGUCGUGGGAUGACAUCACCCCUGAGAACGCGGCGCGCAUGACCAGGGUGAAGAACCUGGAUCAGGAGGAGUUUAAGGAGCUCGUCCGGCGCGCCUACCCGUUCGUGGUGGAGGACUGCGUCCCAGAGGACGCGGAGCUCAAAGAGUUCGCGUGCUCGGAGUACGGCAAGCGGUGGCCCAAAGAGCACAUGCGGGCGGAGUACACCCCCGGACAGAAGCACAUCAAUGUGGGAGGGCCGACGCCGUGA